AUGGACCCAUCCCAGGGAAGUCGACAAUUGCCACCUGAAGCUAUCGCUCUUGCUGGGCGCAUGUAUGAUGGUGCGCGGAAGGGCGAUAUUGCUCUCUUUCAGCAAGCCUUGCCGGCCGGAUUGCCCGCCAAUAUGACCAAUGAAAAAGGCGAUACAUUGCUCAUGUUGGCUGCUUACCACGGGCAUGCGCAGUUGGUGAAGCUCCUCAUCCAGCACGGAGCUGACCCUAAUCGUCUGAACGAUAGAGGGCAAAGUCCUUUGGCGGGAGCUGUAUUCAAGCAAGAAGACGCAGUCAUCGAGGUUCUUCUCGAGAAUGGGGCAGAUCCAGACUACGGCAACCCGAGUGCACUGCAAUGUGUCGUUAUGUUUAAGCAAGAAGACAAGUGGCAAACCAAGUUUGAGUCUGCGUCUGGAAGAGGCAAAGCCACUGCAUAA